AUGUGUGAUGAACUGCUGCUAUCUUUAGAGGUACUUGCUUCUACCAGUAUCAAAAGAAAAAAAUCAUGGUCACAAAUUAUCUGGCUUGGCAAGGAGGAGGAGGAGGCUGAAAGCUUGAUUCUGCUGGAUCCACAGCGUAUCAGCCUCUUGUAUAUUCCUCAUGGACAGACAAAAAAAAAUAUUCCCAAGGUAUCACCACUUGUAGCAGAAAGUCUUCAUGUGAAUGCAUCCAGCAAUAGUGUGUACUUGGUUGGUUUGCUGCAAGAUGGUGUUAUUUUUCUUUGGAAAAAAGAGGUGGAUACUCUCUGGCUAAUCCAAGGACUUCAUCAGUAUGUUGAUGAUUGGGAAACGAAUCAAGCUUCUUACAAAGUUUUUGUUUCAAAUGAUGCUACAAAGAUCUUGGUGGUUGCUGGCAGUGGUCAUGUCUAUGUGUGGCUACUAUCCAUGUUCCAAGCUGAACAUAGUGCAAAGCAACAGAACCUUGAUGGAUGUUGGUAUCCAGUUGAGGUUCCCAUCAAAUUUCGGGGGGUUUUCAAAGAAAGGGACAAACUCUCACUUGCCUCGAGUAUAUUCUUCAGUAAUCAGGUUCUUGGCUGUUGUUGCAACUGUUCUUUUAUGGUUUACACAAAGAAGAAACUGAACAUCGUGACACUUCACUUGAAUUAUCUUACAGCAGCCCUUUCAUCGUCAUCCAGUUUCUACCCAUUUGUAUCUGACUGGAUGUCUAUUGAGUAUGACCAUUUGAAUCUAUCACUAUCUGAUAUGAGGGGACCACCAGUGGCAUCCUAUACACAUGAUGGACAGAUUUUGGCCUUGGCAAUAAACAGGAUUGUCUCAAGCCCAAACAAGAUGCUCUUUUUGUCACCUUUCACAAAUACUUCUGUCAUGUCCAGCAUGAAGAACUAUGAAGAAGAUCGAAGCCAAUCCAUGCAUAUAAGCUACUAUUGGGUUACUGACAUGGCCUGGACUUAUGAUGAUCUGUUUUUAGCCUGUAUCCUUCGAUCUGGCUCUGUCUGUAUAAUGCCCCGUCUGGGAGAACCAAUUCUUCUACAAACAAGUGGACAUUCUGUAGAUAUAGGACCUGCCUAUUUUCUUCCUCUUCACCCAGUCAUUACAGUCAGUGAAAUCACCAACCCACCAACCGGAGCAAAUUCUCUAAAUAUGCAGAAAUUCUCUGUCAGUUCUCACCCACAACUUCCAGUCAUUAUAGUCAGUGAUGGUUUCCUUGUUACUGUCCUAAAGAUCUCACAUAACCUGACUUGCUCUAAUUUGAUUUGUAAUGUUGUACACAAAUCCAGCAAACAAUUGUCUGUCCUUAGCAGAGAGUACAGUCUGGAUCUUUCACAGGCCACAGCUUCUCAGACUCAACUAAAUCAUGAAUAUGAAGCCAACAGAGAGGCUGACCGUACUACCCAGUGGCCAUUUAAGUUUGAAAACCCUAGAUCUUCUCUUUGUUCUCAAGAUGGUGAACUAAGUCCUGCUGAAAAUGAUACUACAUUGAAAAAUAUCGGAGAUGGAAAGAUUGUGUUUGGCAUUGUCCAUUCUAAAAAUGCUGACCCUGUACUUGAUUGUAAUAGACAAAGAACUAACCCAGAAAUACUCAAGAGUGCUUAUUCAAAUUUGCUACUGGCAUGGAAGCUGCAAGUGACAUCUGGCUGCAUAUGGAGCUCAGCUAAAGAAAGAGCUGUCAAGCAGACUUUGCAGAACAUGACCAAGUUGUUCACCAUUCUUUUGGACGUUCCAGAAAUGUCUGAAUGUUUUGAUAAUCAGCAGAAUCCUGGAAAGUCUGGUCUUUUCUGCUUGAUCCGGAUUUUCAAGGAGUUUCUUGAUCUUCUUCGUUUUGAUUUUCUUUUCCAAAGGUUUGUCAGCAUUAUUGCCACUUUUGUCCAUAAAACAAUCAAGUUGAUUCUUUGUAGUGAGAAACUUGCACAAUUUGAUCCUCCUCUCAAAACCUUACUUGGCUGUGAAGCUUUACUGCAGUUCAGCACUCAGAGUAUGAAGAAAGUGUAUACUUGGUCACCAAAAUACUUCCCAUCAGCAGCAGAUAUCGAUGUGGAGCCUGAGUCAGAAGACAAUAGCUGGUAUGAACCAAUGAAGAAAAAUGAAGAAAGGUCUGAUGUGGAGAAAAGAAAUUCUUUCAGGGAUAAUUUUUCCAUACAGGACAUAUUCUGUCUUCACGAGUUGCUUCCUACUUGGCGUCUGCUGAUGAAACAUGCAAAGAUGAAAGCAGCAGAAAUUCGUAACAUCAGCAAUGGAACAGAUGAGGGUCUCCAUGACUCUGAGGAAAAAGGACACACUCAGAUACUUGUGCAGUUGUUUCAAAGACUUAAUACCCGUCUCUUCUCCAGGAGUUCCAGUAUGCAGGAUAUUAAGAAAAAGCCUAGGCCUAUCAGCAAAGGAGAUCACUACAGUUUGGAAUCCAUGUACACUCUGGCUGAGGAUGCUUGGAAAGAGCAACUGGUGGCAAUGAAAGGUUCAAGUGAUACUAAGUGCAACAUUUUGCAUUCUCUUCUCUACACCUACUUACUGAGAGGUCAACUGACCAAAGCCAUGGAGAUGGUUGAAACAUUGAUAGUCAAAGGAGAUGUGUCUGCACUGACAACUGAAGAUGUCAAUUCAUCUGUUGAUUCUAUCACUCCCCUGUUCUUCACUGUCAUCAAUUCUUCGCAGUCAGCUCAGGGAGAAAAGGUCCCUUGUAUCAAGGAUCCAGCAAUUCGUCAGGUUGUCCAGUCCCUUGCUCGAUUUAUGACAUUGUACUUUUGCAACAAACAACUCUUCAUAUUUCCUCCAAAUUCACCAUCUCCAAUUCCAGUAGUGUAUAAAGCAGAACAGCCAGACUUGACUGAGAGAAUUAUACCUAAAUACCAACAGGACAUCACUUCAGUAAUUACAUCCAGUGGCCUUGACAACAUCUGGACAGUUGAUCGAUGCAUGGAAUAUCUUUUGCUCACUGGGCUUGUACCUGAAGCAGCAUGGUUUGCAGAAAGAAUAGGAGACUGGAAAGCAACCCUCAUUAUUUCAGCUGCUUAUCUUAAACACAAGGUUAUGUUCCCUGAUGUCUAUAGGAGUGAAUCUAUGGAAUUAGUUCUCCCAGAUGACCUGAGACCCUUUGCCAUUCUACAAAAGAAGCUAACAACCUUACUGCACUUUCAAAAUGGUACUAGCACUGUGGGAACUGGACAAGAACUAACCAAAGAUAUAUUUAAUGUACAUGAUGAAAACUGUCUCCAGCAACUGACCACUACACUGACCAGUGUGUUCACUGCUGGCAUUUUGUGUGAUGUUGAUGUGGUUAGUUGGCUUUUUCCUGCUCUGGUUGACUCCCUGAAAGAAUUAGUACAAACUUUCUCAGCUAAUGUCCCAGCUGAGUUCCACUUGCCUGCUCCGCCAUAUUACUUGUGGCAGCCCACAGACACAAUUCAGCUUGAUUCAUCUGAACUAAAGACUCCUUUUAUGAGAGAGAAAGAAUGUCGACACAGUGCUUCAACUUUAGUGCGGCUGAUCUUAGCUGUUCUGCAGUCAUCUAAGUUGGCCCUGCCCCUUAUCAGGUGGUACAUCCUACAACUGCGUAAGAUAUACAAGAAAGUAAUUGGAAAAUUUGAAAAUGAUAUAGAUGGACCAGUGACACAACUGCCUGAUUUUCUGGAGAAUUUAGGUGAGAUGAAGUUCAGUCUGAGUGGCCUUUCAUCCACUUAUGAAGAAGUGUCCACUGUGUUGGCAUCAUUUCGCAGUUUUUGUGCCUUACUUUGGUUUCUACAUGUCCGUGAUAAUGUCUCAAGUUACAACAGACAACGAAGAGCCUAUGUGGAAAAUCAUUCUAUUAAAAUUACCAAGAAUCAUGAUGAGCACUGGUCUAACCUUUGCCAUGAAAAUCUCAUCUGGGCUGUCCAUUUCCUCCCUUUCAGCCAUUUCUUGCAUGAAGAAAAAUGGCCAUACAAAGUCCUGUUAUCACUGUUGGCUGAAAUCCCUGCCUCUGUUCAUACAGCUCAAAUCCUUGCUACCCACUGUUACAACACGGAUGAGUUGGAUCCAGAAGUACAAGAGACACUUGAAGUUCUGCUCAAACUCUCUUUUCGUUCGCCUUCAACCAAAUCUCAGACUCAGUUGCAGAAAAGUUUGAUUAAAAAUGUUAAAAAGCAGAAGAAAACAGCUUGGGAUUCUCUAUCUUCCCAUGAUGAAGAUCAAAUGAAACAGGCUUAUGAACAAAUCUUACAGACCAUUGAUGAAAUCAAUUCUACAACUGAUGAUUUGGAUGCAACAAAUUUACCUGAGCUGGAAAUCUCGGAUCGACCUCAAACAGAAAUUAGUAGCCAGUUGUUAACUACUGGCAAUAGUAUUACUCUGUCUCACCUGAUAGACACGGCCACAUUUACUAAUAGUGUCUUGUCAGAGAGCAGACAGUCUGCUGGAUCAGAAACAGUGGAUGUUUCAUUCAAGAGUCAAGCAGUAUCUCACGGUAUGCAGAUGAAACAAAAAAAGAGGCAAACUCGUUCAGUGAGAUCAGAUACUAUGUCCACAAACAAGGAGACAGGAGAAUCCAUUGUUCAGGUUAACUAUCAAGAAGGGAAUAUACAACGGAUUCUGCAGCAUGAAAUUCAAAAGUUGAUAACCGUUCAGAAUGAACGUCUUCUGUCUGUGAUGGGGGCCAUGUUAAAUACAGAUCCUAUUUUGAAAAGGCAAGAAAUAUUACCUAGCCAAGAUGAACUGACAGUACUGCCUGAGAAACGGCAUUAUAAACAGAAAGAAACUGCUGUACAAAAUUCAAAGGAGGAAUCUGAAAAUCUUCAAGAAAAACCCCCACUGCCUUUACAAUCAGCAGAUUCAAAAUCACUUAUAUCUAACUCUGUACAACCAAAAGUUACUGAUGAGACACCAGUUAACAAUGAAGAGUCUUUUACCAACCAAAUAGACCAUGGCUUUAUUAUGAGACCAGGUGCCUUUGAUAAUUACUUGAAGCUUGGUGCUCAACUGGGAGUUCCAACUGAAAACUAUGCAAAUAUUCAACAUGACUUAGCAACAAGGUUGCAAAGAUUACGACAUGAAUCCAAAAAGGUUGAUUUCAGUACAAUGACAAAAGAAAUGUGUGAUGCGAGUAUGGAGACUGAUCCAGUCAUGGAAGAACAAGCACGUACAGCUGAAGCUGCAACCUCCAUCACUAAAGACACAGGUUGUGAUCCAGUAAUAGAGGCAAUGAUGGCAUAUAAUCGAGUUGUACAAGGCAGUUUUCUGGCACCAGAUAUUUACCUAAAGCUACAUUCUAAUGACGCCAAAGAGGUCCACAAACAAGUGCCUGAAAUUGUUGACAAAAGCACAAAAGAAAAGGAUGAAAGUACAAAGCUCACAUUUCUAAAUGUUGUAGACAUUCCUUGUUCAGUUGUGAUGUCAAAAAAUACCCCAACUUUAGCUGCAAAUGAAAUUACACAGCCUCAAGUAACAACCACACUUGAAUCCCUUUCAUUGUUUUCUAAGCCACCACAUAAGGAAACUCAACCAAUGCUAUUAAACUCAGACAUAAACCAACAUGUUACAGAAGCUUGGGUAGAUAAGGAAGCCAUCUCUAUAAAAGAAUCUUCUAAAAUGUCAGUUCCACAAAUGCAGGUGUCUUCAUCUCCAGAUUUAUCACCAGAGGUUACAGACCCACUUGUGCCUUCUUCAGUAACUGACAAGGGUGUUGGUCUGCUGAAAUCAAAUCCUAAAUUAAGAAAGACAACUGAGAAAAAAGAACCUGUAAGAUUCAGAUUUUUAGAAAAUUAUACCAAAUCUAAGAAUCUCCAAGAGUCUUCAAAGGAUUCUCUAUUCAAAGAACUGCGACAUAUGGACCACCAGAUUGCCCUGAUGGAUGAGCUUGCAUUGAAAAUGGAGGAGGAGUGCCAUCGAACAAAACUGUUUUCUCAUCGUAUGGAUGCUCUGAUUGCAUUGGAACCUGAAUUGGGAGGCACUCUGGAUCAGGAUGCAGCAGUAAUUCCUGAAAAAAGUUCCCAGAUUUCCAGAUUUUCAUCCUCUCCUUACCAUUCAAAACCUCCUCCUUCACCAUCUGACAAAUCACAAACUACACAGUGGACUGUACCUGCAACAUCUGGUAAAAAAAACAGCCAGCAACUUGAUUCAAAGGUACCUGAGACUAAGAACCAAGUCCUGGUGCCUCAUUUGAGUACCCAGCCUCCCACCCAGAGAAAGAGUUUGCACUCUGAUACUGACCAAAUCAAGAACCAGAAGGCAGAAGAAAUAAUGAAUCUGUCAGCCCUCAGUGGUGUUAGUGAUAUUAUUGCUGACCUCAUAGGCAAGGGAGAUAUUAAUUUGACAGAUGUUGGCCUCAUGCCGGAAGACAUUGAACAGUUUACAGACAAAAUAUCAACAAGGCCAUUGAAUAAUAACCACAUGAUGCAAAUGAGCCUUGAAAAACUUACCCAGAUGGCACGUGAGAGUGAGGCUAACAACAACAACAACAACAACAUUGACCAACGGCAGGAAUUACGGCAACUGAUGAGUCACAGACAAAACCAGAAUCGUCAAGAAUACCAAAACAAGCAGGAAAUACUAGCUCAAGAGAAACAGCUGUUUUCCAAGAAGCAGCAACCAAUGCCAAGUGGAAAAAUUGAAAAGGAAAUGAAGUCUCGUCAGGAAAACAGGAAGGAAUUACAACAUGAAAACUGGGACAGAAGGGUUGUUGAUGCUGAAAAAUUGAUCCUGAAUUUUAAAAUUGAUCAAGAACAGGCCAAAAUGCGAAUCUCUCCCUCUUCAUCACCACGUAAUGCAAAGAAAUCUUCAAAUGUGUUCUCAAAGAGGAAAAAGACCAUAUCACAGACUACAACAAGGCUUCCAUUGCAGGAGAAAAAUUUUACAUCUACUCGGACCAUUACUCACUCUGCGUUUUUCAGAGAGCAGCAGAAAGCAGAAAACUUUGAGCUUGCUGAGAUGAGAGAUUUAGAUCUGGAGUCAACAGAAUAUGACUUCAUGAAUAUUGAGCACCCUCGUUCUGAUAUACCUCAGCCAAAUUUGCAGUUAACGUGUACUUCAGACCCGGUCCUAGCUCAUGCUGACCAUUGUGGUUCUCCUUCAAAGGAAAUUCAGAAGACAAAUCCUGCCCAGCGGCCAUAUCAGGAGAUUGUCCGCCUACAACGACCUGAAAUAACACGGAAAGCUUUGGUCAAAGACCAGAAGCCAUAUGUAGAAAGGCUGAAAGAAAUUACAAAAAAAAAUCUCCAAUCUCCACGAUCCAUCGACAAGCAGAAGCUUUAUGAAGGCAAAAAAAUGCCAACUGUUCAGGCAGAAACUCUUGUCAUUCAACGUGAAGUUAAAAGUUACUCUGAACGCCUGCAGGAGAUAAAGAGAUGUGCUAAGAGGGAUGAGAGUACACCAAUUGUUCCCCAACAGCUAUGUAAACCUCCAAAUGCUUCCAUGCCAAUUGCUGGAACUACAAAGAUGUCACAAAAAAUCCCCCGACACCAACCUGUACCUUAUGUUGAACGUCUCCGUCAACUUUCUAACAGAGGAACAUAUACUGCACAAGAUCGCUUGCCUAUGACAACAAUUACCCUAAAGCGAACCCCAACUCAGCGGCGCCAUACAGGUCCCCCUCAUAAGCCAAAGACAUAUGUACAACAGUUACAAGCAGUGAAUGCAGCUGCCAAGUUUAAACAAGAUUCUACUUCUUCAAUGCUGAAAAUAACCAAAGAACGAACUUCCAGUCGUCGACAUCCUUAUCCUUACAGUUUUUCUGAUGGGAGGUCCACAGCAGAUGUUGAUAGUGUCUCUGAUAUAAGUGAAUGGAUAUUGGAUGAUAAAAUCAAAGAUAUUUUGUAUGGAAAUCAAGAGAUUGAAGAUGCCACUACCAGAAGAUUGUCAGAAUCAGGGUCUGAUUAUUAUGAUGAAUUGUUUUCUAACUCGGCAAGACAAGUGGAAUCAUUUUGUGUUACCUCUACCGUCAACUCAGAUGAUGUCUCCAGCCAUAUUGAUUGGGUGUCUCUAGAGAAAGGCUUAACUGAGCAAAUGAAUGACACUGAUCCUCAAACCUAG